GACUACUCCCGCUGAAACGAGGGAGGGAGAGAGGGAGGGAGAGAGGGAGGAAGGGAAGGAGCACGCACACACACACACGCACACACACACACACACGCAAACACACACACACUCCACCGACUGAGUGAACGGUGCAGCUCUGCCGAGAGCCGGACGCAGAGAGUCUUCACUCGACGCCGCGGUCAUGUUCCUGCGCUGCGGUUUCCUCUAACGGUGCGCUGGCUGCGGUUGUGUGCGGGUGCGUGCGGGAUGGAGAAGUGCGGGGCGGCUCGCUGUGGCAGCGCUAAUAAGCGCAGUGUGUCGGUGGAGCGCAGCCGGAGAGCCGCCGCGAGCGGAGCGCAAGCGCGGCCCGGAGCUCCAAACCCUCAGACCUGCAGCGGCAAAGCAGAGCAAAACCUCCGGCGAGGACUGGAAGGAGUCCUCAACAAAUACACCAAUCUGCUGCAAGGAUGGCAACACAGGUAUUUUGUUCUGGACCCUGAGCUUGGUCAACUGCAGUACUUUCUAAACGAACAAAGUAAGACCCAGAAACCACGGGGCUCCUUGCCGCUUAUUGGCUCUUCUGUGGCCCCCAGUGAUGAAUUUCCAUUCAUGUUUACAGUCUAUGCUGUUAAUGGAGAGCUCUUUAAGCUGAGAGCUUGUGACGCGUAUGAGCGGCAGCAGUGGAUGACCCAGCUUCAGCUCUGUGCCCGUCGCCAUUCAGAGGGCAGCGCCAAGGGCUGCUCUUUAUCCUCGGCCUCCUCCUCUUCCACGGGCAGCCGGACCCGCAGCUGCUCCCUACUCCCUCAUCCCGCUCCAUCUUGCUCCUCCACUGCCACCCAGAGGCAAAACCUCCCGCAUGGGCACGGGACCCCGAGCUCCAUCAUCACCAUCACCCACCACAAAUCGCCCACGAGUGGGCACCGGGCCUGCAGCCACAAUCCUGCCCGUCUGCACCACGUCAAAGAGGUCAUGUCUCAGGCCGAGGGCCAGCAGAAGAACCUGCUGCACUCAAUUGAGUCUCUGCCGAGCCGUGGGCCUCUCUCCUCACUCGAUCCAGACCUGCUGCUGCUCAAGGCUACGUCUGCAGCCACACUAAGCUGUCUAGGAGAGUGUCUAAGCAUCCUUCAGCACAAUGUCACCCAGGCAGCCCGCAACAUCACCACACACACACCGGGGCUGAACACAGACAGCCAUUCAGGCUGGUCGGGACCCAAACCUACAACGGAUGAACCAGUGGAGAAUGGAUCAGUGAUGGGCCUUUCCACCUCCACCACUAACAAAGCAGCCUCAUCUCCAGCACACAGGAGCAAGGAAGUGCACAAAGGUUCCGAGCACUCCAGUGCAAACGCAGUGGACCCCAGUGAAGAGAGCACAGACACUGAGGACAAUGAGGAAGAGGACCUGGGAGUGUUGGAUGACCAGAGGAGUAUCAUCCUUCACCUGCUGUCCCAGCUCAAACUGGGCAUGGACCUCACACGGGUGGUACUACCUACCUUUAUCUUGGAGAAGCGUUCUCUGCUGGAGAUGUACGCUAACUUCAUGGCUCAUCCUGAUAUGUUCCUGGCCAUCACAGCUGGAGCAACACCAGAAGAGCGCAUUGUGCGAUUCGUGGAAUAUUACCUAACUGCUUUUCAUGAGGGACGCAAAGGUGCUGUGGCAAAAAAGCCUUAUAACCCCAUACUUGGAGAGAGCUUUCUGUGCAGCUGGGAUGUCCCCCAUGAAAAAGUACGGCCCCUUAGGACCAACACUUCUGUCACGGCGCCUUCAGCCACACCCCCCAACUCGGCCAAUCCCGCUCACUGCUACCGGCUUCACUUUGUGGCUGAGCAGGUCUCACACCACCCACCGGUCUCAGGGUUCUACUGCGAGUGCAAGGAGCGUGGAAUGUGCGUCAACGCCCAUGUCUGGACCAAGAGCAAGUUCAUGGGCAUGUCUGUGGGCGUGUCCAUGGUCGGAGAGGGGGUGCUGCACCUUUUGGAGCAUGAAGAACAGUAUGUGUUCACACUGCCCUGUGCCUACGCCCGCUCAAUCCUCACCGUGCCAUGGGUGGAGCUCGGAGGAAAAGUGUCCAUCUGCUGUGCUAAGACUGGCUACUCUGCCACCGUCACCUUUCACACCAAACCCUUCUACGGGGGAAAAGUGCACAGGGUGACGGCUGAGGUCAAGCACAAUCCCACCAGCACCAUUGUGUGUAAGGCUCAAGGCGAGUGGAAUGGUACCCUGGAGUUCACAUAUAGUAGCGGAGAAACCAAAGUGAUUGACACAUCGAAACUGCCAGUCAUUAAGAAGAAGAUCCGCCCACUGGAAAAACAGAGCCAGUAUGAGUCCCGGCGGUUGUGGCAGCACGUGACAGCAGCGCUCAAGGCCGGAGACAUCGACACAGCCACGGAGCACAAACACCAGCUGGAGGAGAGACAGCGCAGUGAGGAGAAGCAGCGAGCGGCCACCAACGCCGCCUGGAAACCCAAGUACUUCAUCAAAGAGGGAGAAGGCUGGGUCUAUCACAAUCCUCUGUGGAAGACUAACUGUUGAGGAGAGAGAGAGAGAGUGUGUCAUGAGCUAGCUGUCCGUCACAGAGCCCAGCCCACAGAUGGGCGGGGCCACACGGGGAGAGUGCUGGCCAGCCAAUGGAACCAGAGGAACCGGACUUCACAGGAGCAGGAACGAGCCUGACCGUUUCCUCUGAGUGUUAAAGGUGCCAAAAAACAAAUAUUCCAACCCAAAAGCAGAGUAACCCACUGCAGCAGCUCCCCAAAGAGCUGUCCUUCUGAUUUGGAGACAGACACACUCAAGAAAAUUACUCUUUCCAGCCUGUGACUGGAGACAUGAAAGUCAACCAGUAUACAACGGAAAGAUUUCACAUUCUUUUCUUCCUGAAUUCAAAUUUAUUAAUCCAUCCAUGCUUCCUGAAGGAUCGGCACUCGAGUUUCCUUAAAUGGAACACCCUGGACCUUGAACACUAAUAAAUAAUAUCUGUGCUGAAAGUAUCAACCCUGAUUAACCUCUUCAAGUCAGAAUGUGUUAAAAUGCAGCAAAACGGGGCAAAAUCCUAUUUUUUAGACCCACGACUGCUUAUUAAAGUGAAUAUACAGGAUUGUGUGAAAUCACUGAGCUUAGCAUUAACGUCUGACGCAAGUAGUCGUGAAAGUGACUGUAUUAGAUCUCUUUGCAUAAGUAUUCAGUCAGUCAUAAGAGAAGACAAAACUUGUAGCUCUUGAACUAGCUGCUCAUAACAUUCCAGUAUAAGGUCUAAAUAAAUGAGGUUCCAGAUUUAAAUCACUGUACCAUGUGUUGAUUGUAAUGCAAGGACUCUUAUGUGAUGUUUCUCUCAGCCGAGCCAAGAAAAUGACAGUGAUUCUACUUGUAUAUCAAACAUCCAAAACAAUGAGUGUCUGAAGCAUAGUUUAGUUGGUCUUUAAAAUGAUCUCAGUCUGAUGAUAUGUGGAAAACUUCUUUUAAAACCAUGUUUAAAAUAUUUCCUUAGUGUAGCAGCUUUUGCAUCUCUGUCCUGUUUCUGAGAAAAUCAACAUGCACAUGAAAAAUCUGUUCAGUAAAAGGAUUUGUUGUUAAGUUCGCUGGUGUUAUUAUUAGUUUGUAAAUUCAUUGUAAGAUUUGGUUUUGUACAUGCUUUUAAGACUGCAGUAAUUACAGAAUUAUGGUAUUCAGAGACAAGAUGCACUUUGUAUGCUGUAUGCCAUGGCACACACUUUAUUUUCCUCAUCCAACAUUCAGCCAAAUGUGUAUAAAGAAGAAAAACUGUU